AUGAAUACAUGUUCACUCCGCCAGAAAUCUAUUUGCAUUUCUAUCUGUCUAUCUCUCUAUCUCAAUUUGUUCAUAUAUCUAUCUAUCUAUCUAUCUAUCUAUCUAUCUAUCUAUCGCAGUCUGUUCAUCUAUCUAUCUAUCUAUCUAUCUAUCUAUCUAUCUAUCUAUCUAUCUAUCUAUCUAUCCCAAGUCUGUUCAUAUCUAUCUAUCUAUCUAUCCCUAUGUUUGUCUGCCUAUCUAUCUAUCUAUCUAUCUAUCUAUCUAUCUAUCUAUCUAUCUAUCUAUCCCAAGUCUGUUCAUAUCUAUCUAUCUAUCUAUCUAUCUAUCUAUCUAUCUAUCUAUCUAUCCCUAUGUUUGUCUGCCUGUCUCUCUGUCUAUCUUAUCUAUCUAUCUCAGUCUGUUCCUAUAUCUAUCUAUCUAUCUAUUAUCUAUCUAUCUAUCUAUCUAUCUAUCUAUCUAUCUAUCCCUAUGUCUGCCUGUCUGCCUGCCUGUAUGUCUGUCUGUCUGUCUAUCCCUGUCUGUCUGUCUGUCUAUCUAUCUAUAUCAUCGAUGAAUGGUAUCUAUCCAUCUCUCUCUCUCUCUCUCUCUCUCUCUAUCUAUCUGUUAUGGUCCAGUUCCAUUAAAAACGCCAUCUAUCUUUCUGUCUAUCACAGUCUGUUUAUUAUCUAUCUAUCUAUCUAUCUAUGUCUGUUCACAUCUAUCUAUCUAUCUAUCUCCAGCAAAUCGCUACACCAAAUCUCUUAA